AUGGCUUACAUUCUGGAUCACUGUGGUGUCGUCGUCACUCAAGACUUUCUUCGCCUUCACAAUCUCGUCGGUCCAACAAAGACCAAUCUCCUUGCAACAGUGACAGCAAUAUACGAUAUUGGUUGUUUUUUCGGUGCAGUUAUAGCUUUUACUAUUGGCGAGAGACUCGGUCGCAAAAAGGCCAUUCUUCUAGGAACGGCUAUCAUGUCAAUUGGGACUGUCAUCAAAGUUACCUCGUAUAGUCUACAGCAGAUGGUCGUUGGGCGUAUCGUCUUGGGAAUUGGGAAUGGUAUUAAUACUGCUACCGCACCGAUAUGGCAGACCGAAACUGCCCAGGCGAAAUGGAGAGGUAAACUGGUCAUUCUGGAAAUGGCCAUGAACAUUGCUGGUUUCUGCCUCGUCAAUUGGAUCAAUUACGGUCUUUCCUUUGUCGAUGGAUCUGUCGCGUGGCGAUUUCCUCUUGCGUUUCAGUUUGUCUUUAUCUUUGUAUUGUUUGCUACUGUUCCAUGGCUUCCAGAGUCACCGCGAUGGCUCAUCGCCCAUGGUCGCACUAGAGAAGCAACAGAGAUUCUGGCCUCCAUAGAAGACAAGCCUACAACAUCCCCCGUUGUUACGGCUCAACUUCAUGAGAUCCAAUACAGCGUCGACUACGAGCGCUCACAUACUAUCAAAUGGAAAGACAUUCUCCUGCGCCGCAACAAAGACACAUCCGACACAAAGACGCUUCGUCGUCUUCUUCUUGGCGCAAACACACAACUAAUGCAGCAAUUCGGCGGGAUCAAUAUCAUGAGCUACUACAUGCCUACCGUACUCAUUAACAGCGUCGGUCUGACAGAGAGAAUGGCUCGCUUGCUCUCCGCUUGUAACGCGGUAUCGUACCUCAUAUUCUCUUCCGCGGCGAUUCUGCUUGUUGAGAGAUGGGGGCGGAGGGGGCUCAUGUUGCUCUCCACGGCUGGACAGCUCUUGUCGUUUUUGGUCAUUACUAUACUCCUACGGUAUGCGGUUGGCGAUAAGAAGGAAGUGCUGGGAUCGGCUUCAGUCGCCUUUUUCUUCCUUUACUUUAUCUCGUUUGGUGUGGGCAUGUUGGGUGUUCCGUGGUUGUACCCUACUGAAGUAAAUUCACUUCCCAUGCGGACCAAGGGUGCCGCUCUUGCGACGGGGACAAAUUGGAUCACAAACUUCAUCGUUGUAGAAAUCACACCCAUUGGUAUUCAGAACCUUGGAUGGCGGUUCUGGAUUGUAUGGACUGUCACGAACGCCCUGUUCUUGCCCGUGAUUUACUUCUUUUACCCAGAAACUGCGAACCGCAAACUUGAAGACAUGGACGCCUAUUUCCGAGGAAACCCUUCUAUUAUUGUUAUCAAGGAUAAAGACGCCAUUAUUGCCAAGAGGCCUGAGAAAUACAUCGAACAGGAUCAGGAAGACAUUCGAAGAGAAGGCGUUGAGGCCAGGGAAGUUGGCGAGAAGGUACUCUAG